AAAGGAAGCGCGCAUCCCGAUUGCAGCCUCUCACAACGCGCAGAGGCCAGUGGAGGAGCCCCAAACGCGGCUUUUGUUCGCCUGCGUACAACCGCAUCUCCUGUGGAGCUUCAUGCCUCCUCACCAGCUUCCCUCCCGGAGAUUGUGCGCGCUGUUUCAGCCCGCUUGGUGAUUCGGAAAGGCAGAAACAAGAGGCUCCUCAAACUGGAUACUUCUCCACUUAUUUUGCACCCAUUUCCUCGUGGAACUUCUGCCGCAAUGACGAACUUAAUGAGGAAUUUGCUCUGGAUGUUUGUUUUAGGUCCUAACCUGAGAUGCGACGGUGACCUUUCAGUGGAUGCAGAAGCUCAGAGUGGAUCUUCACCAACUCUUGAAGGUUACUUCCUUGAGUUCCUGGAGCCAGUCAACAAUAUCACACACUUCCAGGGCCAGACUGCCACGCUGCACUGCAAGGUGGCCGGUAACCCACGACCGACAAUUCGCUGGCUUAAAAACGAUGCCCCCGUCGUCCAGGAGCAAGGACGCAUCACUGUCCGCAAAACCGAGGCCGGGUCCAAGCUCCGGAUAACAGAUCUCGACACUACAGACACGGGCUAUUAUCAGUGUGUUGCUUCUAACCCAUAUAAAGUGAUAUAUGCCACAGGGGUCCUUUAUGUCAAACUGGGACAGAUGCCUACACAUGGUCCAGAUCAUACGUCACAUGAAAAGGGGUUUUGCCAACCUUACCGUGGCAUUGCAUGCGCUCGCUUCAUCGGCAACCAGAGUAUUUAUGUGGAGUCUCUACAAAUGCAGGGAGAAAGCGAGAAUCGAAUCACUGCUGCCUUCACCAUGAUCGGCACCUCCACUCAUUUGUCAGAUCAGUGUUCCAAUUUUGCCAUCCCCUCAUUCUGCUACUACGUCUUCCCACUGUGCGACGAGAGCUCCCGAGUUCCCCGGCGACGUCAGCUCUGCCGAGACGAGUGCGAGGCCCUGGAGAACGACCUUUGCCAUGCUGAGUACACUAUUGCUCGAUCCAAUCCAAUGAUCCUCAUGCAACUAGAGCUUCCCAGAUGUCACCUCCUACCACGUCCGGGAACGCACGAUGCUUCUUCAUGUAUGAGGAUUGGAGUUCCGCCAGAAAAACUAGGACCGUAUUCCCCUAAAGAUCAGAGCUGCUACAAUGGAAGCGGGGCUGACUACAAGGGCGUUGUCAGCAUCACAAAAUCUGGUCACCACUGUCAGCCAUGGAGCGCCCAGUAUCCUCAUAGUCACCAUCUAUCGCAAGACUACCCUGAACUAUGGGGAAGCCACAACUAUUGCCGAAAUCCAGGAGGCCAGAUGCAGGCACCCUGGUGCUUCACCUUGGACCCUCGAGUCAGGGUGGACCUUUGUGAUAUUCCACCCUGCAAGCCUCCAGAGAACCUCAGAAAGGAGAUUCUGUUCAUUUUAAUACCUGCGAUUGCCAUUCCUUUGGUUAUUGCUUGCCUCUUCUUUUUGGUUUGCAUGUGUCGAAAUAAGCAAAAAGCAGAAACCAACACACCUCCUCGCUGCCAGCUCAGCAGCUCGCCCAACCAAGAUAUGGAGAUGGCGCUCCUGAGCCAGCACAAACACCAGGCAAAGCUGAGGGAGAUCAAUAUAUCUGCAAUAAGAUUCAUGGAGGAGCUUGGUGAGGAUCGGUUCGGGAAGGUUUACAAAGGGCACCUGUAUGGCACCGCACCUGGUGAGCAGACCCACGUGGUGGCGAUCAAGACCCUGAAGGACAAGGUCGAUCCUGCUCUCAGUGAGGAAUUUCGCCAUGAAGCCAUGCUCCGCUCUCAACUUCAGCAUCAAAAUAUUGUCUGUGUUCUGGGCACCGUCACCAAAGAUCAGCACCAAAGCAUUCUAUUCACGUACUCAAGCAUCGGUGAUUUGCACGAGUAUCUCGUGAUGCGCUCCCCCAACUCUGAUGUCGGCAGCUCGGAUGAUGACAGGACGGUCAAAUCCACGCUGGAACAGGCAGACUUCCUUCACAUCAUCACCCAGGUCGCCGCCGGAAUGGAAUACCUUUCUAGCCACCAGGUUGUGCAUAAAGAUCUCGCAGCCCGGAACAUUCUGGUUUUCGACAAACUCAGCGUCAAGAUACUGGAUCUUGGCCUCUUCCGAGAUGUCUACUCAGCUGAUUACUACAAUCUGAUGGGAACAAGUCCUUUCCCCAUUCGAUGGAUGUCCCCUGAGGCUCUAAUGUAUGGAAAGUUCUCCACAGACUCGGAUAUAUGGUCUUACGGUGUUCUGCUUUGGGAAACCUUCAGUUACGGUCUCCAGCCUUAUUGCGGCUACUCCAACCAUGACGUAAUAGAGAUGGUGCGCGGUCACCAGGUGCUGCAGUGCCCCGACGACUGCCCCGUUUGGAUAUACACCCUCAUGCUUGAGUGUUGGAGCGAAUUCCAAGCCAGACGGCCUCGUUUCAAGGACAUCCACACGCGCCUGCGCUCCUGGGAAAGUAUUUCCAAUUAUAAUAAUUCCGCUCAAACAUCAGGCGCCAGCAACACUACCCAGACGAGUUCCCUCAGCACCAGCCCCGUCAGCAAUAUCAGCAUGAGCACAGUGAACGCCUCGCGUUACACAAGCCCAAAAAAGACCUCACCGUUCCAUCAACCCCAGUUCAUGCCGAUGAAGAGUCAAAUGCAUCGGCCGAUGGUCCCUCCGCAGCUCUACAUCCCCGUCAAUGGCUACCAUCCUAUGCCGGCCUACCAAUACAUGCAGAAUUUUUACCCCAUGCAAAUACCCGUGCCUAUGCCCCACCAACAAGUCCAUCACCCGGCCCAGAUGGUUCCUAAGGCGAAUUCGCACCACAGCGGUAGCGGCUCCACAUCGACCGGCUACGUCACCACGGCUCCUUCCAAUAAUUCCGUGGCGGAGCAAGCAGCGUUACUCAACGAGGAACCCAGAGCCAACCACGAAGACGCGGUUGACAGGUCAUCGCAGGUCGAGCUCCAGCAAAAUGAGCACUUGUCACUGCCUGAAACAGAAUUAUUGGGUGAUAACGAAGAACAGACUGAUGACCCGGUGAUGGAAUUGUCAGACACUUAGGUGGACUUCUAUUCCGUAAACUGUUUUGGACUGCUUUCAAUGAGCGGCAUAUAGCGAAAGGAGCAAUCUGCAGUGACAGUGACUGAAUGUUUAAAAAGACACUCUCAGUAGAUCAAGUGUGACUCACGUUUGUUUGUGCUUCCCAAUCUCACUUUUUAAACCAUGAUACUCUACAAUCCUUGUUUUUUAAUUCGGAUGGUGUUCAGAUGUUGCUGUGCAACAUACACAAUUAUUCACCUGUGGAGACUUUGUGUUUGUGAAGGUUUUAAUCAAAAUGUCACCUUGGCUUUUAAAGGGAACUUCAGAAUUUUUGCCUUAAAGUGCCUGUGACACCAUAAAAAAAAAGCAUUAUUAAGUGAAUUAAAAUCAUAUUUUGAGGCGAUUCGACUAUAUACAACAAUUUGGCAAAGCGCAGAUAACAAGAAAUUAGUCUUUUAAUCUGCCGGUUAGCCCUGCCUGUCAUUAUAGCGCUCUAGCACCUCCGUCUGGGUGAGGACGUCGGCAGAGUAACGAUUUAGCUGAUUUAGAAUCCAGCCCAUUGAGGGGGAAGAUUCAGAGCGAGGAAAAUGCGACUGAGAGCAGCAAAAUUUCAUCGUUUUAAUCUCUCUACUCCAAUAUUUUUACAGGAUAUUCUUUGUAUUAUUCCCCAAUUGCUAAAUAAAUUGUAUGGUCAUGAGAAAUGUCUUGUGCUAAAUGGAAUAUGAAAUAUUAAAAAUGCAUUUAUUCAGUAAAACAGGGCUGAAUUACAGAAUAAUGGUCAAAACUGCCGACUUCUUAAACCUCCCGAACGGUAUUUUAUGCUACCGGAGUUUGUCCAGCUUUUGUCAUUUCCCUGCCCCGGCUUCGGAGAUGGUGGAAAGAAGGUAAACAAAACAGCGGGGGUGAAAGGUAGGCGACAUGCUAACCCAGAGUUAGCCAAACCAGUCCUCGAGGACCACAGUGGGUCCUGGUCUUUGUGCCAACUGAUCCAGCACAGACAGUUUAACCAAUGAGGUUUCAGUGGAAACAAGAAGCACCUGACUGCAAUCAAUUGAUUGCACUUGUAACACACCAGAUUGGUGAAAAGGUGUCCUUUUGACGGGUUGCAGCAAAAACCUGCACCCACAGCUGCACUUUGUGGAAUAGUUUGCCCACAUCUGUGCUAACCCGAGCCGAGCGGCUUUUCCAAGUCUUUUCCUCGCCUUUCGAAAACGAAAAACCACACAAAACUACCUUGACUCACGUCACAUACGACAGCGGGGUUGAUUGUGUUUACCGAUCGGCCAGCCCCCGGUGGCGAGCAAGUUUCGGCUCGUCGUUCUGCUGCGGUCCUGGUGGGCAGUGCUCGUCGCUGGGGACGCAGAAGGGAAUGAACACCGAAAAUGGCGAAUUCUCGGUGGACAAACCGACUGACUUCGGUACGCGUGGCUGCCUGAGCCCAAGCCGAGUAUAGCGCUAUCUAGGCGGUCAUGUGAAGAGGGCCGAGGGGGGUGGAAGUCCCACACAAUCGAGAACCAAAGACGAGAGCAGGGGGCUCCCCUGGUCCAAGCCGAGGAUAUUGCUCUAUCGGCAGGCAUGCCUUUAUCGGGCGGCGACCAUAGUUUGCGACAAGCUGCUGGUCGUCAGCCGAGUGGUCUUCUCAGUGGACAGGGGAGCAUUGUCCCCAACAAAAUGCAAGCCAUCUCAUUAUUAUAAUGUUUGUCAUGAUCCCAGUAUUUGACAUAAUGUAAAACACGUACCUUACUCACUUAGUCGUCCAUCCAAUGGUCUCUUGAUUUUUGGACUUGUUUCGCCCAUUAUUUACGGUGAACAGGAUCUUUUGAAAAUCCAAAAAGCUUCACACCAUACUCCCUGGUGUAGCAACAAAAGCCU